AUGAGAGGGAUCCAGCUCAGUGAAUAUGUCAAGGCGCCGCAUGAAUUAAAGGUCACCGAGCUUCCGGAUCCGAAGCCGGGGCCGAAUGAUUACUUGAUCGAGGUGCACGCGGCAGCAACCAACUUCUUUGAUAUCCUGCAGAUCCAAGGCAAAUAUCAGAACCAACCUCCGUUUCCUUGGGUAUCAGGAGCGGAGUUUGCAGGCGUAGUCCUUGCCACACCAGCCAACUCCAAGUCGCCAAAGUUCCCCGUCGGCUCAAGAGUAUUCGGCGCGAGUCAAGGUGCAUAUGCGACCAAAGUGUGCGCCAAGGAGGUUGCGCUAUUGCCGGUGCCGAAAGGCUGGUCAUUCCAGGAAGCAGCCGGCCUCUUUGUCACAGCUCCCACGAGCUACGGCGCCUUAGUCGUUCGUGCCGGCGUCAAAGCUGGCGACUAUGUUCUUGUGCACGCCGCCGCCGGUGGUGUAGGUCUCGCUGCCGUCCAAGUCGCGAAAGCGUUCGGUGCCACAGUGAUUGCCACAGCGGGCACGAAGCGAAAGCUGGAGGUCGCAAAGUCCUUUGGAGCAGAUCAUGUCAUAGACUAUCGGGAUGAGAAGUGGCCGGAAAUUGUCAAGAGCCUGACGCCCGGAAAGAAGGGCGUCGACAUCGUGUACGACCCCGUCGGCCUGGUAGAUAAGAGCACCAAGUGUACCGCGUGGAACGGACGGAUCCUGGUCAUUGGCUUCGCGGCCGGCAAGAUCGAGAAAGUUGCAAUGAACAAGGUUCUACUCAAGAACAUUAGCCUGGUCGGUACACACUGGGGUCAAUAUGCGGUACACGAGAAAGAGACCGUUCUGAAGGUUUGGCAAGGGAUCGGAAAGUUGAUUGAAGAGGGUAAGUUUAGGGGUACGGAGUUCACCGAUAAGGAGUUUGUGGGACUUGAGCAGAUACCGGAUGCUCUGAAAGCUCUAGGGAGUAGAGACACCUGGGGCAAGGUUGUGGUCAAGAUACCUCAGGGCGGACAGAGCAAAAUUUAG